GGAAGGAACCUCGGGAGAGAAGAGAAACACUCAGAGAUGGAUCAGGAACGAGCUUGGAUAAGAGGACGCUUGGCUUGGAGUAAUGAGAGCUUGGCUACUCCAUUGAGAGAAGGGGUCAGUCAGCCCCAGAGGCGAAUGCACCACUCUGGUCCUCCUUCUCUCAAGUUCAAGCAUAAUAGGCCAGCUUGGGAUGAUAGCGUCCACGAUCUAACUUCAAUGAGACUAACACCGACUGAGCUAGCACGUAAGCUUGCAUCACGACAGUCAUCCAACUUGGUCCUGGCACGAGCCCAGUUGUUGGAGCAGAGCCGUCGGCCAGGGGUCCACAGCCCUAACCUUCCACCGUCUCUUGCUGCUAGACUCCAAGCUGCAAGGCAACAGAAAGUGCGACAAGCUGAAUCAAAGUCACUGCACGAUUUAGACUUGAGGCGCAAUCAGGAACCUGAUGGAGCAGAAGACCCAGGCCAAGCCAGCAGUCACAUGCAAAAUGAAAAGUCAAGAAGGACGCCCCCCGUAGACCACCAGUCGGACAAAACGGAGAGUAAGCUGAAACUCUUGACUGAGAGCAUGAAGGAAAACAGUUAUAACUAUUCAGUGCCAAAGGGAGCCAAAGAAAAAGAGGGAACGGCACAUGGAGCAACAGCCGCACCCAGGCCAGGAUUGGAUGAUAAGAGAACAAUUGAUCUGACACACGGAGCUUCAACACGAACAAGCCUUGACCACACAAUUACAAUGGUGGUGAACACGUGCCGUGAGCUGUGGCAGCAGCUGGAGGAGGAACGCCUUACAAGGGAGCGCUUAACACAACAGCUACAGCAGCAGGGAAAUGUCAUCACAACCUUGACAACUGAACUGCUGCAGAUACAAGAGCAACAGGAGUCAAUUCUUCGGGAGGUUAGUGAUGCUCGAGCCUCGGGUCUCUGGGGAUUUGAGGGUGACCUCAGUGGGGGGAGCAGUGGCAGUACUGAAGGCGAUGAUAUUGGCAGCAGCCAUUCCCUCAGCGGAAAGGUGGUGGGAGGCCGCCCCAGUCCACAGACUGUCAGCAGUCGACACCCUCAGCGAUCCAUUCUGCGAGCUACCAGAACCAUCCACACGCCUCACCUACGCCAGCAGUCCCCCAUGUACUCGACCAUGCAACAUUCAUCAAGAAGUCACCAGUCAAGUCCCCUCAUGGGACUGUCACACCAAGCCCCACACUCCCCACGACCCCACCAGGCUUCUCCGAGACCCCACCGUUCCCCCUCACCUCAGUCAACCCUCUCCAUUGAUCGCUCUGAGUCAUGGAGUCACAUAGGAUACAGAAGUUCAGUAUCAAGGCAAAUCAGGGAUGCGCUCACCAACAGCCAAAACAUAACUCCUAAGUCCGAGAUUGGCAAAUCUCACAUGAGCUUUAGCAAAGUGUCUGAUGAUGGUACUCUGGGCAGCAAGCAGCUAGAAAAGGAGAAGAAACACACAGGAGAAAGGCAGUCAAUUCCAGUCUCCAAUAAAGAGAAUGAUGCCCAGUCAGCUUUAGAAGCAAAUGCUAUGGAUUCCACCAUAUCUGACUUAGCAGACAAGAAGUAAAAAGGAGCUUGCAAAAUCUUCAGCUUGAAUUUUUGCUUGCAAUACAUCAUGUUGAUUUGAAAUGUUCAUACCUAUUUAUGUGAGAUUGGUUAUCUCAACACACAGCGCACACCAGAACACAUGCACAUGUACACAAGCACACACUCGUGUUCUCUCUGUCUCUAUCUUUUUUUAUCACUUUCUCUUUCUCUCAUCCUCACUCAUCUCACUCUCUGUCAUGCUCACUCUAUCAUACACUCUUUCAUCCUUUCUUUUUCUCCCCCUUUUCCCUCUCUACAUCUCUCCCUCUACCUCUACCCUUAUCUCUUUCUCUCUCUCUCUCCAUCCCUCUCCUUCUCUUUCACACUCUUUCUCUUCCUCCCUUCUCGACACAACUCUACAUUUAAAAACACAUCUCAUUCAUAGCAGAGAUUUUAAAUAUUAUUACUGCAAUAUUUGAAAAAAAGUCUAGGUAAACCUCAAGCCUUAUAAUUAAGCAUUGUAAGUGUAAUCUAAUUCCCUGAUGAUUACUACCGUUUGCUGGUCAUUGUUGGGAACAAUUUAAUUCAUAAUACAGCCUGUAAGCUUGCAAAAGCCUAUUGGGUCCUCUCAGUCAUAAUCAUUACCUUUAGUACCAGUUUCAGGUACAUAGAGAUAGAAAAGUCUGGAUUCUUCUUCAAAGGCUAUGUCAUAUUUCCUUCUUCUAUUCCCUGUUUCUUUGGUAAUAGCCUAACCACUGCAUGACCCCCAUAUAUUGUAGUUCUUGAAGUCAGAUGUUAAUAACGACCCUUUCUCGUGAACUGUUUUCUGUGUAAUUCCCAGACAAGUGAGAUAUCAUUAUCCAUAUCACGUUUGCAUAUCAUAGCCCACAAUUAUCAUCAAUCACAAUAUUUAGAUGGAUAUUGGGACCACAGGUUUGGAAUUUGGUAGUUUCGUGUGUUCUGUUUUAAUGUGUGUCUGUGGAUGUAAGGCAGCUGUGUGUCAGUCUCGUAACUUUUAUGCAUAAGAAUUUUUUAAAGGCUGGAUCAGAUUUUGGUAUAAAUGUUUGUGUACAAAAAUUGUUGAGUGCUUUGGAGUUUAGAUUAAGAAGUUGAGAAUUAAGACAUUUUUAAAGCAUAGGAGUGCAGUAUCACUGAUACCAGGGAGUACAGCAGAACUUGAUCAGCAUUUCAGAUGAUUUAAUGGAUAGAUAUAUUUACCAUACAAGUACACAAAGUAAGUUAAGCACGUUCAUUAGGCAGUAGCUUUUGCAGAUUGUUGACUUCUUGAAUGGAACUUGACAUUUUCUUCUUUACUGAUUGUAUCAGGCAUUUAUGAUAUCAGGUUAUAAUCUUAAAAUAUGGACAUAAAAUGUUAUUUUAUUGUUUGUUAGUUAUUUAAUUUGGAUAGCAAUAAGUUUUAUUUUUAUGAUAUAUCCUGUGGAUAUUCUUAUCAAAGGUAUGUUCUACAGAUAGGCCUUUGCUUUUGAUAUGUUUUUACUUAUCUUAUUAUUAAAAAGACCAAAGUGACACUAGAAGGAAACAACGAUAUUUCAGGAACAAAAUUUCUAAACAAAAGUUUGUAGAUUGUAUAAGGGCCAGUCUUUAUUUAUUAUGCUGAACAUUGUCUCACAGAUUAAUGUUCUUGCAACACUUGUUAUGGAGCCUACAUCUGUAGGGUUCGUUACAUAUCAAAGAAUGCAUUUCAACAGAAAUUUUGAACUGCAAAGGCCUUCAAUGAAUGAUGAUAUAAUGAAGAUCAGCUAAGAAUGUGCUUGAUGCAAUAAGCUUAAUACAAAACUUUUAUGAUCACUGAUAAGCAACCAUCUUUACCUGCCAGUAGAAAAGAGUAACAGAGCUUAUUCACCUCUUCAAAGUAUUUUUGUGACUUUUACCCUCUUAAAACUUGUACAAUAUAAAGCAAUUUGAGAAUGCUUAAAAGUCCUAUCACAGCAGUAUUAUACAAUGCAUGCUUUGAUACAUUUUUUUGGAUGACUGCAAAUCAUGCCUUGUCUCCACUUACUUUUACAGUCUGUCAAAAGAUUGCAAUUACCAGCAACUGCAACUUUCAGCAACUUCUUUGUCUGCAUGGCAAAAAAAGUGUCAUGUCUUCUAACUGAAUUUAUUUGUCCUAACCAUUAACCGUUCUAACUAACUUACAGUUGUUGAUCAUGUAUCGUAAUCUACACAAGCUUACAGUAACUUAAUCAUCAUCUUACUCUCUUGCACUAGCUGUGAAAAAGGUGACAUCCUGAACCACAUUUCCUGGUGUAAGGAUUCAUUUCAGCCUCUAGUUGCCAGCAGAUCUUGUUGGCACUUAGCAAUAAUUUUUUUGUUUCUAAUCAAACUUACAUGCUUUGUGAAAGCAGGUUAAGGGGCUAUACCAUGGAGAUCAGCUUGUAGAUCUGUGAAUUAGGCACCAUUUCAUCUCAGCAAUAAUAUAUACUUGUUUUGCAUAAUAUAUUAGCUAUUAAUUUUGUAUUUCAUUCAUGUCCAUCCAGACUCCUGCCAGAGUUAGUGGUUCAUAUAACUAACUUUAAGAGAGCCUUUAAUGUAGAUGGGAUUUGAGAAAGCAUAACAAGUGCCUAAAAUGCAGUUUGCUUGUUGGCUCACAAGUUCAUCUCCUGGUUAUAGCAAAGUUGUUGAGCACAGUGUAGAGUUUCACUUCUACUUGCAUAAUGUUGAGCACGUAGAUAGUUUCAUUCCCAUGUUGGUAAUUCUUAUAAUGUGCACACCUAGGAUUUGUUGUAUGAAUGUUAUGGUUGUUAAUGCAUUACACUGAAAAGCUUUGUUUUAAUGUGAGUAAAAAAUGAGUUAUGUGUUAAAAGGUAUAUUAGCUUGAAAUUAUGGUACUGGUGCUUUAACUUGUACAGAUCGUAUAGUGUUUUAAUUUCUUUUAUGUUUUGCCCAUAAUGAUGAGCUUUAGAUGUUAUCUUGUUGUUCUCCCAAAUGUUCUUUCACUGUUCUUUCUCUUCUCUAAGCUUAUAUUGUUUUUAGACAAGUGAAAUGAAUCUUUUUAUAGCUGCUGUAUUUAAAUGGAUUUAAUAUUGAUUGUGUAGUCAUGACUUAGAAUAAACAGCUGUCUUUAUUAUUAUAGGUGUAUUGUUAAUCAUAUUGCUGUACUGCUUGAGACCAAAGUGUUCUGUUGUGUGUUAUGCCUUAAAUACAAUGAUUAAAGACAACUAACCACCUUUUUUGAUAUUGAUAGUAUGAAUCAGAAGCAGUCAAUCGACCUCCCAUCUCACGUCAUGUAAAAGUGUGAUAAUACAUGACAUGAAAUUCACCGUAGCUCUCGGUAUGCCUUUGGAAUUUGGUGAAGGUUGUUCCUAAUGCCACUUGUAUGUACCAGACAUCAAAUGAGAAAAACUAAAUAUGCUUGUUUUUAUUAUUAACCAAUGGAUUGAAGUCUUUGUUACAUUACAAAAAAGGGAUUAUUGCAUUUAUUAGUGUCAUUUUAUAUCAGUUUCCCACUUAAGUUAACAGCUAACACGGUUGACAAAUAAAGCAUUAAUGCAGUUGUAUCACUACACAGCAGUUGAUGUUGUGAAAUGUAUUGUUCCAAGCAGGCCCAUUGUUUUCAUGUGGUGAGGCCUGUGCAGGUCAUACAUUUCAUUUACAUAUUUUUACUUGUGUAUACUUAUCCUUCUUUUAUAUUGAUGGCUACCUACUGACUGAUUUUUCUUUUCUUACUUACCAAUGAAUCAUUGAUACAUGGCCAAAUGUGGAUGUUUGGAAAGUUAUAAUAUUCUUGUAUGGGUCAUUUUGUAUUUUGACAGUAGAUUUUAUGAGUAGUUGUGGUUUGUAGAGAGACAAGUUCUUCCAAGUGAUAUUUGUAUCUCAAUAAAACUCAAAAGGAG